GAGAGAGAGAGGAAAAAAAAAAAAAAAAAAACCAAAAAAACAAAACAAACAAACACGGCAGCGCCAACCUCCACUUCAAACCAGCCGGCACAAGCCACCGUGUCUGCCACCCAGAGAGGGGGGUCUCCGGCCCGUGCUGGAGGAGUUACUGGGGGGCUCGUCAGGGGGACAGAGGCCGAGUGACGUCCUAGGAGCCAGCGGGCACGAGGCGGAGGAGACCCAGAGAGGCGAGAGAGACCGCGGGCCCCGCGCGCGGCUGGGCUGGGGCGCCAAGUGGGACGGAGCGCAGUAGAGCGAUAUGCCAAGGAGGAAACAGCAGGCACCCCGGCGGGCGGCAGGCUACGCCCAGGAGGAUCAGCUGAAGGAAGAGGAGAUCAAAGAGGAAGAGGAGGAGGAGGACAGCGGUUCAGUAGCUCAGCUUCAGGGCAGCAAUGACACGGGGACUGACGAGGAGCUAGAAACAGGCCCGGAGCAGAAAGGCUACUUCAGCUGCCAGAACUCUCCCGGAAGUCACUUGUCCAAUCAGGACGCUGAGAACGAGUCUCUGCUGAGUGAUGCCAGUGACCAGGUGUCAGACAUCAAGAGCGUCUGCGGCCGAGAUGCCUCAGACAAGAAAGCAAGCGCUCACCCCAAGCUCCCAAGCGAGGCCCACAAUUGCAUGGAUAAAAUGACGGCCGUCUACGCCAACAUCCUGUCCGAUUCCUACUGGUCCGGCCUGGGCCUCGGCUUCAAGCUGUCCAACAGCGAGAGGCGCAACUGUGACGCCCGCAAUGGUGGCAGCAAGAGUGAUUUUGAUUGGCACCAAGACGCUCUGUCCAAAAGCCUGCAGCAGAACUUGCCUUCCAGAUCUGUCUCUAAGCCCAGCCUGUUCAGCUCGGUCCAGCUGUACCGGCAGAGCAGCAAGAUGUGCGGGACCGUGUUCACCGGGGCCAGCAGGUUCCGCUGCCGGCAGUGCAGUGCCGCCUACGACACUCUGGUGGAGUUGACUGUGCACAUGAAUGAAACGGGCCACUACCAAGAUGACAACCGCAAAAAGGACAAGCUCAGACCCACGAGCUAUUCCAAGCCCCGGAAAAGGGCUUUCCAGGAUAUGGACAAGGAGGAUGCUCAAAAGGUCCUGAAAUGCAUGUUUUGUGGUGACUCCUUCGAUUCCCUCCAAGAUUUGAGUGUCCAUAUGAUAAAGACAAAACAUUACCAAAAAGUGCCUUUGAAGGAGCCAGUACCAACCAUUUCAUCAAAAAUUGCCACUCCGGCGAAGAAGCGCGUUUUUGACGUCAAUCGGCCUUGUUCCCCCGAUUCGACCACGGGAUCGUUUGCAGACUCGUUUUCGUCUCAGAAGACGGCCAGCUUGCAGCUGUCCUCCAACAAUCGCUAUGGCUACCAAAACGGCGCCAGCUACACCUGGCAGUUCGAAGCCUGCAAGUCCCAGAUCCUCAAGUGCAUGGAGUGCGGGAGCUCCCAUGACACCUUGCAACAGCUCACCACCCACAUGAUGGUCACGGGUCACUUCCUCAAGGUCACCAGCUCUGCCUCCAAGAAAGGGAAGCAGCUGGUGUUGGACCCACUGGCAGUGGAGAAAAUGCAGUCGUUGUCAGAGACCCCGAGCAGCGAUUCUCUGGCUCCCAAGCCAUCAAGUAACUCAGCAUCCGACUGUACAGCCUCAACAACUGAGUUAAAGAAAGAGAGCAAGAAAGACAAACCAGACGAAGUCAACAAGGGUGACAAGGUCGUGAAAAGUGAGGACUAUGAAGACCCUCUCCAAAAACCCCUAGACCCUGCCAUGAAGUACCAGUACCUGAGGGAGGAGGAUUUGGAGGACGGCGCCAAGGGCGGAGGGGACAUCCUGAAGUCCCUGGAAAACACUGUGACCACAGCUAUCCACAAAGCCCAGAACGGCGCCCCCAGUUGGAGUGCAUACCCCAGCAUCCACGCGGCCUACCAACUGCCCGAGGGUGCCAAGCCGCCUUUGCCGGUGGGAUCCCAGGUACUGCAGAUCCGGCCUAAUCUCGCCAACAAGUUGAGGCCAAUCGCUCCAAAGUGGAAAGUCAUGCCACUGGUUUCUGUGCCCCCAAACCUGGCCCCCUACACUCAAGUCAAGAAGGAGUCGGAAGACAGAGACGAAGUCGUGAAGGAGUGUGGGAAGGAGAGUCCCCAGGAAGAGGCGUCGUCCUUCAGCCACCGUGAGAAGGAUUCCUUCCCCAAAAGCGAUCCGCCGUCGGAACCCAGAAAGGCAGAGCCGUGUCCCCUGAAGGAGGAGGACAAGCUGAUGGCGGAGAGCUGUGAGAAAGAGAAGCCACAGCCGGCGGAGCCCGCGCCUUCUCUCAGCAACGGAUGCGCCCUCACCGGCCACACUCCGGCCCUGCCGUGCAUCAGCCCGCUCAGUGCCCUGCAGUCCGUCCUGAACAAUCACCUGGGCAAGGCCACCGAGCCCUUGCGCUCACCCUCCUGCUCCAGCCCGAGCUCAAGCACAAUUCCGAUGUUCCACAAGUCAAAUCUCAGCGUGGUGGACAAGCCAGUUCUGAGUCCUGCCUCCUCCAGACCAGCCAGCGUGUCCAGGCGCUACCUGUUUGAGAACAACGAUCAGCCCAUCGACCUGACCAAGUCCAAAAGCAAGAAGGCCGAGUCCUCGCAAGCACAAUCCUGUACAUCCCCACCCCAGAAGCACGCUCUGUCUGACAUCGCCGACAUGGUCAAAGUCCUCCCCAAAGCGACCACCCCGAAGCCUGCCACCUCCUCCAGGGUCCCUCCGAUGAAGCUGGAAAUGGAUGUCAGGCGCUUCGAGGACGUGUCCAGCGAGGUCUCAACCCUGCAUAAAAGAAAAGGGCGGCAGUCCAACUGGAACCCCCAGCACCUUCUGAUUCUGCAGGCACAGUUCGCCUCGAGCCUCUUCCAGACAUCAGAGGGCAAAUACCUGCUGUCUGACCUGGGCCCGCAGGAGCGCAUGCAGAUCUCCAAGUUCACGGGACUCUCCAUGACCACCAUCAGCCACUGGCUGGCCAAUGUCAAGUACCAGCUGAGGAAAACGGGCGGGACCAAGUUUCUGAAAAACAUGGACAAAGGACACCCCAUCUUCUAUUGCAGUGACUGUGCCUCCCAGUUCCGAACCCCUUCCACCUACAUCAGCCACUUGGAGUCUCACCUGGGCUUCCAAAUGAAGGACAUGACCCGCAUGGCAGCAGACCAGCAAAGCAAGGUGGAGCAGGAGCUCUCUCGGGUGUCGUCGGCUCAGAGGUCUCCGGAAACAAUAGCUGGCGAAGAGGAAUCAGACUCUAAAUUCAAGUGUAAGUUGUGCUGUCGGACAUUUGUGAGCAAACACGCGGUAAAACUCCACCUAAGCAAAACGCACAGCAAGUCACCCGAACACCAUUCACAGUUUGUAACAGACGUGGAUGAAGAAUAGCUCUGCAGGUAUGGGUUUGCUCCCAGGCCGUGGAAACAGCAGCCUUGAGAGGAGCUGCUUACAGGGAGACGGGUCUGCUUAGAGGCGGCCUGUGUCUCCUGAGGCCCAGAGGACAGUAGCUCGCUGCAGUAGAAUUAUUUUUAUGAAAGACUAGAACAUGAUAAGUAAGUCCUAACCCUUCUCUCAAGUCCUCCAGCUUAGAGUGGGGGAUAGGAUAAAAAGGACUUAGGCCAAGUCCCUGUAUGUUGCUUCUAGGCCUUCAUGAUAUAUGAUCCCCAAGGUCCCACCUCCCGGGGCCACCGAGGCUGUCCCUCCUUGUAAUGAAUAAGUGCUAACUUCUCUCACUGGUCCAUUCUACCCACCCCCACUUCCCGUAGCAAUGCUAAUGACUGACAAAGUGUCAAAAGUGAGCCACCAGGAUGGGGGAGUUGCUAGUGGCAGUCACUACACAGAGAUUUCUUCAUCAGCUCACGAAUAGCUUAAAGUUGUCUUUAUUAUUGUUACUUGUAAUAAUGCUUUUUGCAGCUUGCUUUUAGCAAUUGCUACCUUCCACCUCUUUCCCUUUGUCUAUUUCCUACAUUAAUUUUCCUAUGAAAGAGCAUGUGCCCUUAAGGGGAUGGUGGAAAAAUACUCUUCUCUGCAGAACACGAGAUGAAAAGAGAGGAGGCUUGUUUUCCUCUCUCAUCUCUUGGUUUUCUUUAGGGUAAGCUAUCAUCAGAGUCCACCUUUAACAGAGAAAGAUGGAAUGCAUGCCCUUGAGAUUUUAUUUUACAUGAUGAAAUAAAUGGCUCUCUGCACACUUCUGGUCAAUGUGCAUGGGGUCCCACAGCUUAAGGUUAUUUGCACCAGGUAUCAUGGAAGCUUAUGCCCUGGUAAUCACCCCACACCCAGACCACCUAUGUCACCUCCAGAAGAGAGGACAGAGACCAAGGUCAAAUGCCUUGGCAGAUAGGUUGCACCAGCCAUUUUCAAACAUUAAGCAUAAGCCAGGCUGGGUAAUAGCAAAUUGCUUCCAUCUCCCUUUUAGUGUUUUCUCUACUUCCUUUUGUCCCCGCUCCAGCACGACAACCCCACAUGCUAAGGACCCUCACACAUAUUCAGAUGGUCCUCCACCGGGCCACACCCAACAUAAGGACUCAACCUGAAGUCAAACUUCUAUGCCUACCAGUCCAGCUUAUGUCAUGCUCCAUUACAAAUUUGCUCUUAAUUAAUUCACAAUAAGGUAUGGAAAGAUAAUCAUAACUCACGAGCUCUGGCCACCCGCUCUUGUCAGAGCAUUUGUUUGUUUUUAAACAGGAGAUUUUCUGAUUAAGCCACACAGGUUUGGACACUCUGUCAGUUCCAGGAAGACAGGCACAUUUGUAUGGCAUGGCUCUGGGCUCGCCUCACACGGGUAGGGAGAUUUUCCUAGCGUGAGGAUAGCCAAGAUGAAAUGAAAGGCUAAAAUAUCUGACGUGGGACUCUUCCCUCAGUGAGAAGACCUGAGCUUCUGAUUUGGGCCUAUAUGAAGACCAUCUUUUUUUGUUUGCAUGUUUUUUACCAUGAUAAUUAAAUGUUAUUGGCAGAUUCACAUCUUGGUUUCCAGCAUGAUUUUUUUCAGCUCAUCCUAUUGAAUGAAAACCUAAAUGCAUCUAUUGAAUCCACACAUGGGCCCAGGGCUCCGCAGCAUCCUAUUUAUUUGCUAUAUAACAUUUUACAUUUUAUGUAACUGGCUAUUAUGCUUUUCUGGUCCUUUAAAAAAAAAAAAAAAAAAAAAGGUGGACAUACACGGAAUACCUAGAGAAAA